AAGCAGGAUCUUGAAGAGGUCUGGAGCUCCCAGGUGAUCUCACUUCAUGUGAUGACAUUGGGAGGCACUAGAAGCUCAAGUGGAACAAAAGCAAUGCUGUUUCAGCUCUUAGUGGUUCUUCUGUUUGUUGAACAAGUAAAAAAUGUUCCUGUAGUUGACGUCAAGACAUUACCAAUGGGUAACGUUCAACCAGAGACUUUGGAAGAAAUAGUCUCUGACAGAAUCGAAUUGGUGGAAGGAGAUAUGUUGAUGUCGAUAGGCACUGACCUCUCGGGGAUCCAAAAUAGGAACAAGCGGACAGACAGGAAUGCUGUGGGAGAUUCUUGGCCAACUACAGCCUUACCAUAUGAGAUCAGCCCAGAAAUAAAGCAUAGAACAGAUGAUGUAAUUGCUGCAAUGGCUAUGGUGUCUGAACACACCUGUAUAACUUUCCAUAGGAGAGAACCCACUGAAAAAAACUAUGUGCUCUUCGAAAUUAGCAAUGGCUGUGCUGCACAUGUGGGCUUCAUGGGAGGUCAGCAGAGUGUGUUUGUCGGACCAUCGUGCAAUGUCGGAAACAUCGCUCAUGAAAUUCUUCACAGUCUUGGUUUCCAACAUGAACACACCAGGUUGGACCGGGACGAUUAUAUUGAAAUUGUUCAGAGCAACAUAAUCCCAGGAAUGGAGAAGAACUUUAAAAAGAUGAGUGGGAAAACGUUUUCUGUUCCAUAUGACUACAGUUCGAUCAUGCACUAUGGAAGAAGUUUUUUUUCUUCAAAUGGAAAACCCACGAUCAUCCCCAAACAAACCGUAAAGGAAAUGGGACAGAGGAAUAAACUGAUGGAAACGGAUAUCAAGAAAAUCUUACUUCUCUACAACUGUGAUUCUUUAAAAGUAAAGCCUGAUGUGGAAAGCUGAUUGAAAUAUCUCCUGGAAGAACCUGAACUAAGCCACCAGAGGGGAUGGCUACACCAACGGAGAGCAGAACUUAGACUUAUCUAAAUGUUUUACCAUAAUUUAAAAUAAAUUGUUACUUGA